UUCCUGUGAGCAGCAGAUCUGGGGCUGAACUUCCCGGCUGAGAAGGGAGCCGCUGGGUGCUGCCGCUUCGGUAGCCACCCCGGGGGGGGGGGGAGCCGGAGAAACCCCUCCUCAAAGCCCCCUCUGUGCCCAGCCCGGGGUGGGGACUCUGUGCUCUGCCCGCUGAGCCUCCAGGGGAUGGAGAGGAGAGAGAGACCAGCAGGAGCAAGAAGUGGGGAGGGAGGAUCCCAGCUCCCAGCCCUGCCCGGAUCCAUCGCUGCAGCGUCCCGGGGCAGACUGACCCUCCUGGGAUCAAGGCUGCAGAAGAACGUCCGUGUUUCACUCCAGGUUGUCCGGUCCUCCUUGGGGACAUGAAAAGGGAAUGGCUGCAGCAAAAGCAGUGACCUUCGAGGAGGUGGCUGUGUAUUUCACCGCGGAGGAGUGGGCUCUGCUGGACCCCACUCAGAGAGCCCUCUACAGGGACGUCAUGCAGGAGAAUUAUGAGAAUGUGACCUGGCUGGCAGGUGAUGGGAUGGCCAGUGAGACCGAGGAGGAGAAUCCCCAGCAGGGAGGCCCUGAGUUGGGAGAACCACACAGGACAUUCUCGGGAAGGUCCCAGGGGAACAUUUGCCAGGGAGGAGCUAGCGUGAGUCAGGGCAGGUCGGAGGAGCAGCGGGGAAACCUGCCCGGGGAGAGAGAGGGUAAAUCCUCUCCUGAAGAGGGAUGUUUCAAGAAACUCAAAUUGCUGCUGGACCUUAAGGGGAAGCACAACAGGGGGACGGGAAAUGCAGGUGCUGAACAUGGGCAGGGCUCAGGAGAGAUGCUCUGUCCGGGAACCCACCCAGAAGACACAUCCCACAGAUGUGGGGGAAGCCCCCAGCAGAGCUCGGCGCCUCCACAAUAUCCAAGUGGGACCCCCCAUCGAUGUCUCCACUGUGGGAAAAGCUUCCGCUGGAGAUCACAUCUUCUGAGACAUCAGACGGUGCACAAGGAUGGGAAAAACUCCAGCCCCAGCGCAGCCCGCACCAUCCAGCAGAGAAUCCUCUCGGGGCAGAAACGCUGCCAGUGCCCCGACUGUGGGAGAAGCUUUGAUCGGAGGUCGACCCUCAUUGCACAUCAGAGGCUCCAUACGGGAGAGAGACCCUACAAAUGCCCUGAUUGCGGGAAAGGCUUCGCUGACAGCUCCAACCUUACGAGGCAUCGGAGACUCCACUCGGGCGAGUGCCCCUAUAAAUGCCUCGCUUGCGGGAAAGCCUUCCAUGUCAGGUCCAAGCUCCUGGAGCACCAGGCCACGCAUUUCCCAGGGGGGCCUUUUGCAUGCCCCAAGUGUAGGAAAUGUUUCCCCAGCAAGGCCCUCCUCCUCCGGCACCAGAGAUCCCACAUGGCGGAGUGGCCCUACAAAUGCCCCGACUGUGGGAAAGGCUUCGUGCAGCGGUCGCAUCUGGUGCAGCACCAGGGGAUCCACGCUGGGAUCAAACCCUGCGUCUGUGCUGACUGCGGGAAGAGCUUCGUCAAGACUUGGAACCUGACCAAACACCAGUGCUGCCACUUGGGGCAGAGACUCCGUCAAAGUGCUGAGGGUAGGGAAAGUGUCCGUCUGCGCUCAAACCUGCCUUACGAGGAGGGACCCGAUGGUAUGGCCCUGCCGGAGCGUCACACAGCAGAGAGACCCUACCGCUGCCUCGACUGCGGCAGGACGUUCAGCCGGAGCACGGACCUGCUGGCCCACCGGAGCACCCACACAGGUGAGCAGCCCUACAAGUGCCCGGACUGCGGGAAGGGCUUCCGUGUACGCUUCAACCUGAUGGUGCACCGGAGAGUCCACACGGGCGAGCGACCCUAUGCGUGCCCCGACUGUGGGAAGGGCUUCAGCCAGAGCUCCAGCCUCACGGCUCACCGGAGAGUCCACACGGGCGAGCGACCCUACCUGUGUCCCGACUGUGGGAAGGGCUUCAGCCGGAGCUCCCACCUCAAAUUGCACCGGAGAGUCCACACGGGUGAGCGACCCUACCCGUGUCCCGACUGCGGGAAGGGCUUCAGAACCAAAACGGCCCUGAGCACUCACCACCGGAGCCACACGGGCGAGAGACCCUACAAAUGCACCGAGUGCGGGAAGAGCUUCAGCCAGAAGGCGCAUCUGGUGCAGCAUGAGAGGACCCACCUGCGAGGCAGACCCUACAAAUACGCCGAGUGUGGGAAAAGCUUCAGCCAGAACGCCCACCUGGCCAAGAACAGCCGGACCCACUGCACGGAACGGCCCUGCAUCUGCACAUACUGCGGGAAGGACUUCGGCGACACUUUAACCCUGAUCCAACACCAGCGCACCCACACGGGGGAGCGUCCCUACCAGUGCACCGAGUGUGGGAAAGGCUUCAGAUGGCGGGCGCACCUGGUGCAGCACCAGAGGACACACUCCGGGGAAAAGCCCUAUGUCUGUGCCGACUGUGGGAGAAGAUUCACGGAGAGCGCCACCUUGAUCAAGCACCGGCGGAUCCACACCGGGGAGAGACCCUACAAAUGCAAGGAGUGUGGGAAAAGCUUCCGCCAGCACUCCAACCUGGCCCAGCAUGCCUGGGUCCACUCAGGAGAGAAACCCAGACAAGACCAUGGGGGCAGCUGCACGGACCUCACGGCCCUGCCGGAGCGCCGCAUGGCAGAGAGGCCCUACCGCUGCCUCGACUGCGGCAGGACGUUCAGCCGGAGCACAGACCUGCUGGCCCACCGGAGUAACCACACAGGUGAGCAGCCCUACAAGUGCCUGGACUGCGGGAAGGGCUUCAGCAUACGUUUCAACCUGAUGGUGCACCAGAGAGUCCACACGGGUGAGCGACCCUAUGCAUGCCCCGACUGCGGGAAGGGCUUCAGCCAGAGCUCCAGCCUCACGGCUCACCGGAGAGUCCACACGGGUGAGCGACCCUACCCGUGUCCCGACUGCGGGAAGGGCUUCAGCCGGAGCUCCCACCUCAAAUCGCACCAGAGAGUCCACACAGGCGAGCGACCCUACCCGUGUCCCGACUGCGGGAAGUGCUUCAGCUGGAGCUCAACCCUUAGGGCCCACCUGAGGAUCCACACGGGGGAGCGCCCCUAUAUAUGCCCUGACUGCGGGAGAGGCUUCACGCAGCUGGCUCACUUGACCCAGCACCGGGGGACACACUCGGGAGAGGAACCCUAUCGCUGCGCUGACUGCGGGAAGGGCUUUGGGGUCAGUUCCCGCCUGGUGGCACAUCAGAGGAGCCACACAGGCGAGCGCCCCUACAAAUGCCCUGAAUGCGGGAAGAGCUUCCGGGUCAGCUCAGUCCUGGUGGUACAUCAGCGGAUCCACUCUGGAGAGAGACCCUAUAAAUGCACCGAUUGCGGGAAGAGCUUUAACGUCAGCUCCAACCUCAUUAAACAUCAGAGGAUCCACACGGGGCAGAAGCCCUACAAAUGCACUGAGUGCGAGAGGAGCUUCAAUGAGAGCUCAGCCCUGAUUGCCCACCAGCGGCUGCACAAAGGGGAGCGGCCCUACAAAUGCCCUGACUGCGGGAAGAGCUUCAAUGUCAGCUCCAACCUCCUGGAGCAUCAGGGCACCCACAGGGGCCAGAAACCCUACAAAUGCCCUGAGUGUGGGAAAGGAUUUGCCCGCAGUGCCCACCUCUCUCAGCACAGCCGGACUCACACAGGCGAGCGACCCUACAAAUGUGCCGAGUGUGGGAAAGGAUUCGCGGUGAGGUCCCAUCUGGCCCAGCACUGCCGGGUCCACACCGGGGAGAGACCCUACAAGUGUGCUGACUGCGGGAAGGGCUUCACGGCCCGUUCGUCCCUGACCACCCAUCGCCGGACUCAUACAGGAGAGCGACCCUAUAAAUGCCCCGAGUGUGGGAAAAGUUUCAAUCAGAACUCGCACCUGGCUCAGCACUGGAGAACCCACUCGGGAGAGAAGCCCUAUCACUGCCCUGACUGCGAGAGAAGUUUUGGGGACAGCUCUGCUCUCAUUAAGCAUCAGAGGAUUCACCUGCAAGAGAAACCUUGUUAAUGCCACCCCCUAGCUACUGGUAAAGGUUUGCUUGGAGCUCAGCACUUAUGACUGGAACGGGGCAGGUAAGGGCUUUUUCAGUGAGGUGGCAAUUCAAAAAAACCAAACAAACCAACCAUGUUGAGUGCCCCCAAAACACAAUGUUUCAAAAAUUGGG